UGUCCAUCACCUCUCGACCCGGCCGGCUCGCUGCCACCGUCGUCAAGAUGAGCAAGCGCUUGCCGUGCGCCGCGCCGGCGCUGCUGCUGCUGCUCCUCCUCCUCCUCGUCCACCUCGCAUCGCUGGGACAGGCCGUCUCCGCCUAGGACACCCAGCGCUACGACGCCAUCUAAAGCUUCGGCGACUCUUUCGCCGACACCGGCAACAAGCCAUCGCCUUCUCAUGGUACUCCUUCCCGGUCACCGUCAUGCGGCCGCCCUACGGCGAGACCUUCUUCGGCCACCCCACCGGCCGCACCACCGACGUUCCUGUGACAGGAUAACCAAUCUAUCUAUAUAUAUAUCCUGUGAACUUCCGGAACUGAAUGUUUGAUGAAUCAUAUGGGGCCUAGGCGCCUAGCUUGUCCUAUACUUCUGCAAGUCAAUGCUUCAUUGCUUGUGUGCUCUCUAAUAUUACCUAUCAUCCAAGUCAAAUGCCGCAAGAGCUGCAAUUGGAAUCUUUGACAAUGAGGCGUUCAGAUCGAUGAUUACUCUGGUCCAAAACUAUGCCAAUGGAUAAUGAUAUACGUCUAUGCAGCAUGCUAAACAAAUUCAGCUGACAUCGCCGGCCGGCGCCUUACUAAUCCUGCAACUGCAAGCAAUAUAAGAUGGUUCCAUACUGCAGGUCGCCGAUGCCAGCCUGCAGCACCAAAAGAAAGAAGCAUGGCGCUAGCUCCUGGCCGGAGCAAGAUGCGGAUCAUCACGUUGGCAGUCUGUACCCUCCUCCUCCUGGCGUCAGCAGAGGCGGCCACCUCCUCCGCCGUCGACCGCCGAUACCACUCCAUCUUCAGCUUCGGCGACUCCUUCGCCGACACCGGCAACAACCCCGCCGUGUUCGCCUGGUACUCCUUCUUCGACCCCGUGAUGCGGCCGCCCUACGGAUCCACCUUCUUCGGCCGCCCCACCGGCCGCAACGCCGACGGCAGGCUCAUCCUUGACUUCAUCGCUGAAAGCCUGGAGCUGCCGUACGUCCCGCCGUUCCUGGGCCCACCGUUCGCCUUCCCUUCGCCGGCAGAUGACUGCCGGUUCCGUCAGGGCGCGAGCUUCGCCGUCGGGGCAGCCACCGCCCUCGACGUGGAGUUCUUCCGCGAGAGGGACAUCCCCGGCGCCCCUAGCAAGUUCCCUUUGAACACCAGCUUGGGCGUGCAGCUGGAGUGGUUCGAGUCCAUGAAGCCUUCCUUGUGCCGCACAACCCAAGAGUGCAAGGAGUUCUUGGCUGGAUCCCUCUUCUUGGUUGGGGAGUUCGGAGUCAACGACUACCACUUCUCCUUCCAGAGAAAGAGCGUCCGGGAGGUCAGGUCCUACGUUCCUCGUGUCGUCAGCGAAAUCUCAAUGGCCGUGGAGAGGCUGAUCAAGCACGGGGCGUCGACAUUGGUGGUUCCCGGGGCGAUCCCGUCGGGAUGCUCGCCGCCGGUGUUCACCAUGUUCCCCGACGCCGCCCCGGCAGAAUACGACUCCCGGACCGGCUGCCUGAAGGCGCAGAACGAGCUGGGGCGUCACCACAACGCGCUCUUGCAGGCGUCCCUGAAGAAGCUCCGGGCCAAGCACCCGCAUGCGAGGAUCAUCUACGCCGAUUUCUUCGGCCCCGUCAUGGAGAUGGUGGAGUCGCCUCGCAAAUUUGGGUUCAGGGACGACGUGCUCACCGUUUGCUGCGGUGGGCCCGGGAGGAACAACUACAACGGCAGUGUCUACUGCGGUGAUUCAGGUGCGACCACGUGCGGCCACCCGUCGGCUUCCCUGUACUGGGACGGCGUCCACUUCACGGAGGCGGCCAACCGCUACAUCGCCGCCGGCUGGCUGAGCAGCGUCGGACACUGGGAUGGCGCUGGUACUGGUGCAACUGCAAGCGGAGCAGGCCAUAAAAAUUGAUCAAGUAGACCCAAAACAAUUCGAGCAUGUGAAGGGGGUAUAUGUUGUUCUGGUCGGAAUUUGAGGCGUCUAAUUAGCAAUCAAAUUGCAGAGAGGAUCAUCAUCAUCAUCAAAUACAGUUGAGCUAGCUACUUACUAGUACUCCCUCCGUAUCGCUUUAGUUGACGCUGGUAGUUCAAUUGGAAAAGAAUCAGAAUAUUUGUCGCCCCAGUUCAAGGUAAACGUUAGCUUCCGCUUUCACCCUUCCCUUCGACGCCCGCUCCCCGGACGAUCGGACGAGUUGCCGAGCUGAGCGGCGGCUUGGGCAAAGGAAUACGGGAUGAGUUCGGGACAAAAGGGUAAAUGCAAGUCUUCCUUAAUUCUCACAAAGUGGUCCGAAACGUCG